AUGAUAGAUACAGACACAGACAGCAACCAGGUCCUCAGGCAUGGCACGGACACGGACCGAGACUUACCGAGACUGGCCAAGGCUCUGGCGUCUGACCAGAGAACAGCGGUGGAACAUGAUACGACCAUGGCAGAUGAUCGUAUCAUGUUCCACCGCUGUUCUCUGGUCAGACGCCAGAGCCUUGGCCAGUCUCGGCCAGUCUCGUCUCCGUCAGUCUCGGUCUGUCUCCUUAUCUACUGUAGUCUGUCUAGGAGGACCGAGGUGCCGUGCCUGAGGACCGAGGUGCCGUGCCUGAGGACCGAGGUGCCGUGCCUGAGGACCGAGGUGCCGUGCCUGAGGACCGAGGUGCCGUGCCUGAGGACCGAGGUGCCGUGCUUGAGGACCUGGUUGCCGUGCCUGAGGACCUGGGUGCUGUCUGUGUCUGUAUCUAUCAUCCGCCAUGGUCGUUAUGAGGACGAACACAUGACUCCAUCAUCCGCCAUGGUCGUUAUGAGGACACACAUAUGA